AUGUUUUGCUUGAUUUUGUUUGAGUUGUUUUUGAUCCCGGGCCGGCUAAAUUACAUACUUCUUGAUACCGAAACGUUUUUGCUCCGAACCCCUCUGCUGUCAGGUGCCCUGUCGCUGGCAUCGUUUGAAGCAUUAAUCCGAGCUGGUCUGGCCUUCGGCAAUCCUGACGGGGAGCUCCAGGAGCUGUUCGUGCGAAUGGUCGAAUGUCACCCUGAUCUACCGGAUGGACUGUUACAUGCUUUGCUGUCGGCAGUUAUUGCAGAAUCUCCUGCAUUGCUGGAGUCCAUGCGCGUUUGGGCAAAGUCAUCUGGCAGGUCGUCGCUGGCACUGGCAGCUGCAAAAGCCAUGUCAAUGAGCGCAGCCAACGAGGACUGGGCAGCGGACACGGAGGACAACGACCUUGCGUCACCCAGAGGCUCGACGGCUGCCGGGAGUGAGUCUGCCCUCGAGGCCAACUUAUCCAAGCAAGUGUCAGAAGCUUCAUUGGCAGUGCGACCCGAAACACCACUUCAGGUUGCUCCGAGCAACGCCGACUUGGAUGCAGCUGUGGCAGAGGAUUGUGCGGACGACGCAGAGAGAAUCUUCAAAAACAUGAAGGCGAACGGAAGUGCUGAUGUUGUCUCAUACAACAUCAUGCUAAAGCUUUACAUGGGCCAAAAAGGUGAUUCCGUGCAGCUGGCGCGUGCCCUUCUUGAGGAAAUGGUUCAGUCCGGUUUGCGACCAACGACCGCGACGUACAACUCGAUCAUCAGUGGAGCACUUGCGCACGGAGACGUGGACGUGGCCUGGCGCACGAUCGACGGAAUGGAGAGAAGCGGCCCACCUCUCGACGCCUACACCGUGAGCAUCAUCCUCAAGGGAUCCAAAGGCCAGCGCGCUUUGGCACCCGCGGAGUUCGACCGCGCUCUCGACCUGAUGUCGAGGCAUGCCGUCAAGCUGGACGAGGUUCUCGUGAAUGUCGUCUUGGAGGCCUGUGUGGCUCUUCGAGAUACCAGGCGACUUCAGCGCGUGCUGGCGAUGUUGAAAAGGAAUGGCUGGGACCUGCCCAAGCGCUGUGGCAAUCCCACCUAUGCGGCUCUCAUCAAGGCCUACGGGUCAGCCGGCCAGACAGUGAAGGCAUGUGACUUGUGGGACGACAUCACCAAAGUGCAGGGACUUGAGCCAAGCGAACAUGUAUAUGCGCAAAUGAUCGACGUCCUGGUCAUGGGUGGCAACCUGAAGCAUGCUCUUCAGCUUUUUGCAGAGAUGCGAGACAUCCAUCGGGCGAGGUUCGGAUCGAAUGCCUUUGCCAUUGCCUAUGCCAUGAUCGUGCGUGGAUACGCCCAGCAAAAGGAUGCUGUGAGAGCUUUGGAGUGCUAUGAAGAGAUGAAGGCCCAGGGAGUUCCGGUGGGCCUCGUGGUCCUCAACACCUUGGUGGAUGCCUGCUGCAGAGCAGGGGACAUGACCCGAGCAGCUGAGCUGCUUCAAGAUAUGGCUACCUUCGACCUUUCCCCAGACCUCAUCACCUACAGCACGUUGAUUAAGGGCUACUGCGUCACCGGCGACUUGGAUCAUGCACUUGAGCUCUUCGGCGCCAUGCGCCGCCGAGGCAUCAAACCCGAUGCCAUCGUGUUCAACAGCUUGUUGGAUGGAUGUGCCCGGAAAGAGAUGCCCAUGCUUUGUGAGCAGGUGAUUGAGGACAUGGUUUCGGCUGGUGUUCAGCCCAGCAAUUAUUCUGCUUCCAUCCUGAUCAAGCUCUACGGCCGAAUCUCAGACUUGGAUGCAGCAUUCAAGGUGCUGGAUGAAAUGCCGCAAAAGUUUGGGUUCCAGCCCAACACUGCCGUGUACACCACACUGAUGUCCUCGUGCACAUGGAAUGGGAGGAUGGACCUGGCGAUGGGUCUCCUAGAUCGGAUGCUUCAGGCUGGGCAGCUACCAGACGAGAAGACAUAUGUGACCUUGCUGCGAGGGGCCACGAGAUUCGGGCAGAGCGAGCACAUCGUUUCAUUGCUGUGGCAGGUAGCAGAGCAAAGCCAGAGGAGCAGGAAGCUCUUGCUGGACACCGAGUUGGUGCAGAGUGCACUUCACACCAUCAUGAAGCGCCGGGCGUGGAGCCAGCGAGGUGGAGAAGACUGUUUGCAGCGCCUUCGCUGCGCUGGCUUCAAUGUGGUUCGGCCUUCGGAGGCCAAAGGGUGCUCCUACAACCGUGUUGGUCAAGCUGGACGGCGAGGUGCAGUGGCCUCUGCUUGA